UAUUUGUCAUUUGAGUGAGAAAGCAAAGCUUAUGGUUACGUAAAAUAUUUUUUAAUUUUCUUAUUUAAAUGUUGUACAGUCGAUAAAUACAGUUAAUGUACUAAAUUUGUAAAAAUGCAAGCUAUCAAGGCUUUGGGAGCUGCAGCUCCUUCCACCGUUCUUUCGGUAUUAAAGAAAGGGGCAUUUGCACCCAUAGUAGAUCAAAUACGUCAAACCCAUUUGCCGGCACCCGAUCCAAAAGAAAGAAGGCCGUAUUCCCCUUUCCAAGACACUAGUAACAUGGCAGAGUAUGCUGUGGCUCGACUAGACGAUCUGUUGAACUGGGGCAGGAAGGGUUCAAUGUGGCCCAUGACGUUUGGUUUAGCUUGUUGUGCUGUUGAGAUGAUGCACAUAGCUGCUCCACGCUAUGAUAUGGACAGAUAUGGUGUAGUAUUCAGAGCAUCACCCCGACAAUCAGAUGUGAUGAUUGUUGCCGGAACCUUAACUAAUAAAAUGGCACCUGCAUUAAGAAAAGUUUAUGACCAGAUGCCUGACCCAAGAUGGGUCAUCUCUAUGGGCAGUUGUGCCAAUGGUGGUGGAUACUAUCACUAUUCUUAUUCUGUUGUAAGAGGUUGCGAUCGCAUUGUGCCUGUUGACAUUUAUGUCCCUGGAUGCCCACCCACAGCAGAAGCUCUGAUGUAUGGAGUCCUUCAACUACAGAAAAAAGUUAAGAGAAUGAAAACAGUCCAAAUAUGGUACCGAAAAUAAAAGGAAAACACAUUAUGAACAACAUAUAAAUGAUAUGGUUUUUAUUCUCAUCACUACAGUAACAUAAUCAAGUAGUUGGAAAUUCUAAUUAAUACCUUCGUGAUAUUGAUUUUUAAUAUUAUAGCAAUUUAUCAUUUUCAGUGUUAUUUAAAAUAGAAUAAUUAGUAACUGA